AUGACAUCAAUGAGGCAAACGUCCGUGCCUCUUCCGAUCAAUAUCUAUGAUCGAGCUGCGGACUUGGAAUCAGGUCGAACAGCUCCGUGUGCAUAUGCUCAGGCUACGGGAAAUUCAACUGCGUGUGAACAGCCGGCAUCACGCGUAACACCGCCUUCAUCGCAACCUCCAACAACACCAUCUCCUCAUUCACGGUUUAUCGAUGGCUUGAGAAGGAGAACAAGGCUACGUUCAUUGAAUGUUCCAUCGCAUGGCCAUGAAAACCUCGAUAGCGAUCUCGGUUUUCCACCUGUUUGCUCACCACCACCACCACCAAGUGAUUCAGCAGGCUCACAGCCACCAGAAGCAUGUGGCUCGCGAACUCGUAGACGAACAAUGUCGGAUGCCGCGCAAACUUGUGGCCUGAAUUUCAACGGAACAAAUAAGCGCCACUCAGGAGUUCUGGUUAUUUUUCCGCAUUCUCCCUCUGCUCAUGGCGAUUAUCUGCAGGGCCAUAGCACACCUGCUGCAGGGAACAAGCGGCAAUCGUCCUAUGGAUCAAGCGCUUCCAAAAGUUUCGAAGCCUUCCCCUGCAGUUCAUGGUUGGUUCUGAUAUUAGCGUUCGAGUCACUGAAACAGUGCUCUUAUGUUGUGUUCUUUUUCAACGAAUGA